GUCUGUGAAAUCUGCAGGGCUGAGAGAGGCUUGUCCUGGUGCCAGGGGGUGUGCUGGGGCCUACCAUCAUUGGCUCCCGGUGCCAGUUGCAGAGCCAUUGCCACUGUUCCUCCAGCCCUGCAGGGGCUCCCCAGGACAGCAAGGGACCAUGUUUUCUCCAUUUCAUUGCAGUGUGUGAAAGCCUUUUGUAGUGUCAGCGAUGGGGAGCAGCUUCUCAGGACUCCUUGAGUUGCCAAGGAGAACAGACAGGGCCAUGGGGACAGAGUGGAGCUGCCCCAUCUGCCAUGAUGAGCAAGAGGGUGUCUCUUAUGUGAUACCCUGUGGCCACAAAUUCUGCAUGGGCUGCAUCCUGCGUUGGGCUGAGAAGAAACCAGAGUGCCCACUGUGCAGAAGACUGAUAGAGUCUGUCAGGUUUUCUCUGCAGGAACAAAAGUAUCUGGAGUGUGUCAUCACACUCCCUGAAGAAUCACCAGAGGGCAGCAGCCAAGCAGAAGGAGCUCUUGGCCUCCUGGAUGGAAACAGCUGCCAUCGCCCUGCAGGGUCCCCUCCCUCUUCUCCACAGUGGACACUCUCCCCAGCUGAGCAGGGGGCUGCAGGGACUGGGGCCGUGGCUGGCCUCCUGCCCAAGGUCUGGGCACAGCUCUUCAAAAAAAAGGAGCAUCUCCUUGACCCUGUGCUGCCCUGGCUGCGCCAGAGGCUGGAGGCAAUAUUUGGGUCCCGAUGGUGGCUGGCAGUGAGAGCAGAGAAGAGCAUCUUGUACACCCUGUGCCUCUGGGGUCCAGACGAGGAGGUCAUGUUCCAGAUGCUGCAGCCUCUCCUUGAGCAAUGUACAAAACAGCUGGUUGAUGGCAUCAUCAGCAUCAUUGUGGGUCAGUGCAGCGAAGAGGCCCAGAGGCUGCUGCACUCCCAUGCUGCUGGGGAGGAGGACAACAGCCCUGAGGCCAGCUCCUGCUCCACCAGCUCCCAAGGAGGCACUUCCACUUGGCCCCCAAGCCCUGCCAGCAGCCCUGCAGGCUCCGACAUGGAGGACCAACCCAGCACAACAGAAGCUGCCCUCUGUGCCCUCCGAAUCAUCCACCCAUCUGUGCCCAUCCCUACAGAGCAGGUGCAGCCCCAGAAGGAGCAGGGGGAGGCAGUGGUGGCAAGUUCCUCUUCCCACAAGAGCAGCUGCAAUCCUGCUACUCCUUGUCAGGGCUGGGAACACUCACUUAGAGGGCCCCAGCACCUCCCAGAAGGGAGGGCCUCCAGGCCCCAGCACUCUUCAUGGAGUACAGACAGGCCCACAGAGACUGAGUGGAGCUGCCCCAUUUGCCAUGAUGGUCAUGAGGAUGCUGCUUAUGCGAUGCCCUGUGGCCACCAGUUCUGCCUGGGCUGCAUCAUGCAUUGGACAGACAGGAAACCAGUGUGCCCAGUCUGCAGCAGAACGAUAUUGAUUGUCAGGUUUUCUGUACGUGAAGAAGAUGACUAUCUACAGUGUCUUGUCACUCCCUCCAGAGAAUUGCCAGAGGUCUGCAGCCAGGCAGGAACAGCUCCCAGCCACAUGGCCGAAAACAGUCCCCAUGGCCCUGCGCCAUUCCCAACAUCUUUUCCACAUGGGACACUGUCCCCAGCUCAGCAGAGAGCUGGAUGGCCAGAGGCUGUGGGUGGCCUCCUGCCUGAGGUCUGGGCAGAACUUUUCCAAGGACAAAAGCAUCUUCUGGACCCUGUGCUGCCCUGGCUAUGUCAAAGACUGGAAGCGAUAUAUGGGUCCCAGUGGUGGCUGGCAAAGAAUGCAGAAGGCUGCAUCCUGCAGGUCCUGUGCCUCUGUGGUCUGGAUGGGAAGGUCUUGUUCCAGAUGCUGCAGCCUGUCCUUGAGGGAUAUACAGCACCGCUGGUCUAUGGCCUUAUCAAUGUCAUCAUGUACAGGUGCAGCACAGAGGCCCAGAGACUACUGAGAUUCCACGCUGGCAGGGAGACCAAUAGCCCUGCAGCCAGCUCCAGUAGCUUCUGGGGGGAAAGUCCUGCCUCCUCUAUGGCCCCUGCGAGCAGCCUUGCUGGCUCUGAUACAGAGAGCCAACCCAGCACCUCACAAGCCACCUUCUGCAGGGAUACUGGCUGUCCCCUCUCUGUGUCCUUGUCUGCAGAGCAAGUGCAGCUGCAGGAGGAGCUGGGGGAGGUAGAGGCAGCAGGUUCUUCUGCCCAGGGCAGCAACUGCAGAGCCUCCACCUCCAGCCAAGGCAGGGUCUGCUCUCAUGGGCGGUCCCAACACCCCCGGAAGAGAAGGGCUCCUGCCCACCAGGACUCCCACAGCUGUGUAAGGAGCCGCUCUGGCAGCAGCACUAGCAGGGCUCCAGCAAGUAUUUAUUCAAGAGAAAGGAAAUAAAUUGCUAUUUCCCUGAAA